CUGAUCUCAGCACCUCUCAGUCUCAGAGUCGAAUUUGGAGCUCUGAGAGACUCCGAAGAAACACAAUCGAUCGGUUCAUCCUUGAUCUUCGACUCGUUGGUUUGCUUCCGGGACAUGGUCUGGUCGAAACAUCUGGUGGCGUUGGAUUUCUUCCUAGGCAUCAUCCCCUCCGCUUAGCUUUACCUUUUCCAAUUUCAAGCUCUCGGUAGCAUGUCGAAACGCCUUCGUAAACCUCCCCCUCCCCCUCCCCCUCGGAGGCUUUCGCCUGGAACCGAAACAGGCUCUGAUCAGUCGGAUCCGUUCUUAACACCAAAUGCUUCUUCCCACUCCCUCAUUUACCCUCCGCAGCCCCCUUAUUCCCCAGCCUUUCGACAAGGCUCUCUGCAUGGCAGUGACUCCUCAGAGUGCUUGCCACUCUCCACCUCACGGCACGAGCGGGACGAAAGCCAGGGCUCAAAGUAUCCAACCACACGUUCACGAAGAGCAAGUCAGAGUUCAGAGGGGGGCCUCGGUUGGGAGGCCUCCGGGUACCCUUUUAGUCCAACGCGGGAUAAUCGGAGUCACUCUCGGAUAGACGAUGAUGAGCCCAUCACGACCCAGACCGUCGUGGAGAAAUAUGCCAUCGUGCCUUUUGAAAACCUCCUGGUGUUUCCUGAGGACGUAGAGAAGGAUGACUACCUGCAUAAUCCGGACCCAAACGAUGCAGACAGAGACUGCGAUGUUUGCACGCGGCGAGGUGCAGUUAACCUGGUGGCGCUCACAGUUGUGGUCGUAGGGGUCGUGACGCUUUUUGUUGUUUAUCCCGUUUUGACAUUCAUCGAAAAGCUGAUAGAACCCUCCGGCCCUGUUUGUGCUGACGACCCGAUGUGCCUGGAUGUCGGUCCUAUUCCACAUCUUCAAAACAUUCGAUAUUCGCUAAUAGAUCCGGAUACGCCGGAGUCCGCAAAAUCGAAAGUAUCCAUUGACGGGAAGAAGUGGCAGUUGGUGUUCUCCGAUGAAUUUAACAAGGACGGUCGGACGUUCUACGAAGGGGACGAUCCUUUCUUUCAGGCUGUUGAUCUUUGGUAUGGCGUGACGAAGGAUCUAGAGUGGUAUGACCCAGACGCCGUUACCACAAAAAAUGGCAAACUCGAGAUCCGCUUCGAUGCUUUCCCAAACCACGAGCUGAAUUAUCGGUCCGGGAUGGUCCAAUCCUGGAACCAACUAUGUUUCACAGGUGGACGUCUGGAGGCGAGUAUAUCGCUUCCCGGAAGGGGUGAUACAUCUGGUUUCUGGCCUGGGUUCUGGGCCAUGGGCAAUCUCGGUCGACCAGGCUAUGCUGCUACGACGGAAGGGAUGUGGCCGUAUAGCUAUGACAACGUAUGUGACGCCGGCAUAACUCCCAACCAGAGCUCGACGGAUGGUAUUAGUUUUUUGCCUGGCAUGCGCCUGCCCGCCUGCACGUGCAAGGGAGAGGAUCAUCCGAGCCCUGGUAAAUCACGAAGUGCCCCUGAAAUCGAUGUUAUUGAAGCAAGCGUGCAUGCAUUAGAUCCAAAUGUACCGUCAGAUGUGGGGGAUGUGUCGCAGAGUAUGCAAGUUGCGCCGUUUGAUGUGUGGUAUAUGCCUAACUUUGACUUUUACGAACUCUACGAUCCCAGAAUAACGGCCAUAAACGACUAUCGAGGUGGUCCAUACCAACAAGCAAUCUCAGGGAUAACAACAGUAAACAACCACUGGUACGACGGCCGCUUCUACCAAGUCUACGCGUUCGAAUACAAACCCGGGCCCAAGGGUGAAAUAACCUGGUUCGUCGGCAAGGAUAAAACCUGGAAACUCGACGCGCGGGCUCUCGGGCCAAACGGCAACAUCGGCCAACGCGUCAUCCCCGCCGAACCCAUGGCGCUUGUCAUGAACUUUGGGAUGUCGAAAACGUUUGCAUUUCUGAACGUAAGCGGUCUGGCGACGGUGAUGCCUGCGACAAUGCGGUUUGAUUAUGUGAGGAUUUAUCAGGAUCCGGAUGCUGUCAGUGUUACGUGCGACCCUCCCGGAACGGAGACGACGGAGUAUAUUCAAAAGCAUCGGAAAGCCUAUGAUAAUGCGAAUUUGACAACAUGGAAGGACGCGGGGUAUGCGUGGCCGAAGAACUCGUUUAUGCAUGGAUGUUGAGAGAAAGCUUCUGUUUAUAUGCGAUACGUGAUGCCGACACGACACGACAAGACGAGAAACAAAUACGACGUACAAUGAAUUUGAUUCAUGAAGAAACGAAGGUUUCGAUAAUUAUACACCUUGGUGUUGCUAAUUGUCUCUUUGGAACUUACCUCUAUUAGCAGAUAGGGCUCUUUUGUUUGUGUAGCCCUUUUGUUUCUCUGUAUACAUUUUUCCUCCCUUUUCUCCUGCAUCUCAUCGGGGAUAUAGGGAAAACGCGAGACAUAGAUACGAACUGUACAUACAUUAAUAACAUGCAUCAGGAUCUAGGCGCUGGAUUGUUCAGCUUCUGUGCUUUUAUAUGCUCCUCCUGUGCUGUGUAUCAUUUCAUCAGUACUUGGAAUUGGCUUUUUUCUUUUUCAUUUUCCCGACCUUUUUGUGCUUUUGAUUGUGGUACUGUUUUUCUUUUCUUGAUUCUAGGGGAAAGGAGCGCUCUUUUGGCGGCUUCUUCGCGUGCUUCUUCGUCUGUUUAAUUGUAAUUCUAGCAAUUGAUAAUAGAACAAUGUAACUUGUUAAUUAAGUGCGGAGUAG